AAAUCACUAUUCGUUCGUCAUAAUUUUUCCCAUAAACGUCACAAUUUCUUUCUAUUAAUUAGUUAAUUAGUGAAAAAGAAGCCGGUCUGGCCAAAAAUUUGUAAAAUUUCCCUCUAAAAGCUUAGCGGAGAUUCAACGAAAAGAGGUGAACGUUAAAGUCAGCGGACACCAAAAAGUAAAAUGCAAAAAAUUGCAGUCAAUCACCGCUGUUGGGCGUUUUUGGCCACGGUUCUUAUUCUCGGCUUUGCUGCUGCAGCAGAGCAGACAGUGCAAAAAACAAAGCAAUUAAUUGAUUUAAAUGAGGAUAAUUGGCGUCUGAUGCUGCAGGGGGAGUGGAUGGUUGAAUUCUAUGCUCCUUGGUGUCCUGCUUGUAAGAAUUUAGCUCCAACUUGGGAACGUUUUGCCUCUACUGCUGCCGAAAUCAAUGUAAAUGUGGCGAAAAUCGAUGUCACCACUUCACCCUCAUUGAGUGGCAGAUUCUUUGUUACAGCUUUGCCAACAAUUUAUCAUGUUAAAGAAGGCGAAUUUCGUCAGUAUCGUGGAUCUCGUGAUGGUGAUGCUCUUAUGUUCUUUGUUAAACAAAAACAAUGGUCAAAAUUGGAGCCUAUAUCAGCAUGGAAGAAACCCGAUACCAUUCAUAUGUCGGUUUUGUCAUAUUUCUUCAAAUUGUCACAUACUUUGAAGCAUAUCCAACAUUCAUUUAAGGAUUUCAAUGGCCGUCUGCAGGAAGAAUACGGCUUGCCCACUUGGGGCUCAUAUGCUCUGUUUGCCAUUGGCACCAUUUUUGUGGGCGCUGCUCUGGGCUUAAUGCUGGUCUGUGUAGUUGAUUUUCUUUAUCCCCCCAAGAAGCAUCAGCGUCAAAGCUUCUCCGAAUCCAAGGAGAAUGGACAAAAUCAAAAUGGCAUUGAAGAUAUAAACGAUGAGCUGGAAGAUGAUGCCCCCGAAGAUGAAGAUGCCAAUGCCGAUGAUCAAGAGGAGGAGGAGGAGGAAGAAGAAGAGGACAACAACGAUGAUGAAGAGGAGAAUGAGGAAAAUGAACGAUCUUCUACCGAAGAUGAGGAGGAGGACGAAAAACAGCAAAGUGAAUCCGAGGAACCAGAAAGUGAAAAGAAACCCCAAACGCCAGCAAAGAAAGAAGCCGAAGAAAAACCCAGUCCCACAGAGGUGCGCAAACGUAAGCCCCGCAAAGCGGAUUAGAACUGGAGUAAAGAUGCAAGAAAUUUCACUUAACCUUUAAUGCGUUUUUGCAAAAUCUUGUGUGUAGAAUUCAAGACAGAAUGUGAAAACUAAUCUCGAAAUGCGCACAACACUAUUUUCUAAUUUUAGAUAAAAAUUAAAUUGAAAGGAAAAAUGUAAGAAAAAACAAGGAACUUAUUAUAACGAAAAAAAAAAAAACAAAAACAAACAACAAAACACUGCAAAAUGAAUGUAUUAAUUAUACUGUUUCGGUAUUAAAAAUUUGCAACUUUUUUUCUGUUCUACAAACGCAAAGACAACAUUUUGCCUUAUUUAAAGUAAACAAAAAAAAUUAAAACAAAACGAAGGAUGGAAGUGAUGGUUUACAAAACCUCCAUAUUAAAAACCCAGAACAUUGAAAUGCAUUUUUUUUUAAAUAUUACACGAAAAACGGAGGAAACUCAUUUUGAAUAGUUUUAUUAUAAAGAAAUGCCUGAAAGGAAAAAAAAAUUAAUUUUUAAAUUGAAUAUACAUUUAUUUUCCUUAUAUCUAGUAAUAGCUUCAAACGUUGGUUAAUCCAUUUGUUUUAAAUAAUGACUGUUUAAUAAUCUUUUUAUACGAUUUAUAUAUUUAAAGCAUAUAUAAGGAUACCUUAACUCUAUAUAAUUUUUCUAGCGUUUAUCUACUCAUUUUUAUAUUCUUCUUUACUUCGCCCACCCACUUAAUAUAUGAAAUCUUUCCUUUUUUUGCAAUAUUCUUGUCCAUAAUAAUUUUUUUUACAUACAUACAUUUAGUUUUUAGAAAACGCUAACAAACAUCGCGAAGAGACAUCUAGACUAACAAACAUCGCGAAGAGACAUCUAGACUUGUAAAGAAGAACGAACAUUUCACACGUACGAGCGUCAAUGAGACAUAAACAUCAUUAACUUAUUACUGUAUAAGUUGUAAUACCACAUAAACAAAUAAACAAA